AUGGAUUUCAACGCAGUGAUCGAAAAUGCCAGAAAAUAUGCUGGAGGUACACAUCGUGAUCAUGGUUAUGAUGAUUUACUCGUCGAUCGGUUUCACAAUCGGUAUACAGUAGCCGUACUAGUGUGUUUUUGUAUUGCGCUAUCAUCAUAUCAAUACAUUGGCGAUCCAUUACAAUGUUGGGUUCCGGCUCAAUUUACUGGAAACUAUGAAAGUUUCACAAAUCGGCUAUGUUAUAUACAGAAUACAUACCAUGUACCUAAACAGGAAUCGAUUCCACAAGAUUCUACUUUGCGACGUGAACGAACUCUAAAAUAUUAUCAAUGGAUUAAUUUUGUACUUUUAUUACAAGCCCUAUUUUUUAGUUUACCACGUAUUAUCUGGCAAUCGUUUAACGAUAAAACUGGUUUAUCAGUUGGGCAUCUUGUUGAAGCCGCCAAUAAGUAUGAAUCAAUUGACGUUGAUCAAGAUCGUGAGACAGUUGUGCAAUAUAUCUCGAAUUGUCUACAACGAUAUGAUGAGUAUGUCAAUCCAUCGAAAAAGAAAAGACGAUCAUUUUUCCACCGUCUGAACUAUCAAUAUCGUUUAUUUUGUCAAGCGCGUACAGGCGCUUCACUCGUGUUUUUUUAUUUUGUCGUUCGACUUCUUUAUAUAGCCAAUUUAAUUUGUCAAAUUAUAUUUCUACAAUAUUUUCUCAGUUAUCAUGACGUAAAUUAUCUGGGAUACGGUUUGAAUGUAUUGGGAACGUUAUUAUCUGGUCUUUCGCUACCAGAAAGUAAAUUAUUUCCUCGUAUAACAUUAUGUGAUUUUCAUAUACGCGAGCUGGGCGAACGCCAUUAUUAUACAGUCGAAUGUAUACUUGUAAUAAAUAUUUUUAUUGAAAAAAUGUAUUUCGUUCUUUGGCUAUGGUUUUGGUUAUUACUUUUUAUAACCAUAUUUGAUAGUAUACGUUUAAUUUAUGAAAUAGCGAUGCGCCAUUCACGUAAUGUUUUUAUUACAAGCCAUUUAGAACUACUUGUUAAAAAUCGUGAAUCCCGAGAAACACAAUUUCGGUAUUUUCUUCGAUAUUUUCCUAUUGACAAUGCAUUUACUUUACGAAUUAUUGGAGCUAACGCAAGUUCAAUCAUUGUGGCUGAAAUUCUUGAUGAAUUAUUUAAUCGAAAACUUCGUGAUGGUUCUGACGUAUAA